AGGACCCAGAAGCCGUACAGAUCAACCGGCAGCUAGCAUUCUCUCAUUUUAUAAACCCUGGCGCUGUAGCCAUGGCCGCUGCCUCUCUCCUGUCCCCGUCCUGCGCGCUCUUCCGCCGCCUUCCCUGCGCGUCGCACAUCUCCUCGUCGCACUUCAAGAGGUUCGACCGGGUUCGCCGGUUCUCGCCCGCCGCCAUGUCGACUUUCUCAGGGCCAAAGGAGGCGCCAGCGAAUAACCCGGGGCUCCAAACCGAGGUCGACCCCGCCACCAAGGGCUACUUCUUGCAGCAAACGAUGUUACGUGUGAAGGACCCAAAAGUGAGCCUUGACUUCUACUCACGUGUGAUGGGCAUGUCGUUGCUGAAAAGGUUGGAUUUUGAAGAGAUGAAAUUCAGUUUGUAUUUUCUUGGUUACGAGGAUGUGACCUCAGCCCCUGACAAUCAUAUCAAGCGGACUGAAUGGACUUUUAGGCAAAAAGCUACUCUUGAGCUCACCCACAACUGGGGCACGGAAAAUGACCCUGAAUUCAAAGGUUACCAUAAUGGGAACUCAGACCCUCGUGGUUUUGGUCAUAUAGGAGUAACUGUGGAUGAUGUCCACAAGGCAUGUGAACGCUUUGAACGUCUUGGGGUUGAGUUUGUGAAGAAACCUGAUGAUGGAAAAAUCAAAGGCAUCGCCUUCAUCAAAGAUCCUGACGGUUACUGGAUCGAAAUCUUUGACCACACCAUUGGGACGGUGACUUCUUCAGCAUCAUGAAGUGCUGUUCUUCACAUAUUUAAGGAGGCUUUGUGUCCAGAUUCUUUAUACCUGUCAUUGUGAACUACAGUUUCCUUGUAUGGUGCACAAGAACAUACAACUCUGGGCAUAUCAGGAGCUUCUUUUGAUAUGGGUGUCUGGAGUCUGGACUCGGAUAAAGGGCUAGAAUCUGCUUACUCCUUGUAUCUUGUUGCAUUAAUAAUAUACUAUGCACGAACUAUGUUGAGGAAUGAACAGUAGUGUUGGAAAUAAAAUAAGUUCAGAUAAAUUCAAGUUUUUGUUGCUUGUUUGCAUA